AUGCUAACAUUCAGUACUUUGAAGCCUGAGACUCAGAUCAAGAAGACCAAGACCGACGCUAAGGUCUUGGAGAAGCGUGCCGCUGACAAGGCCGCUAGAAGAGCCACCAACAAGGAGAAGAGACAGGCUAUUGCUGAGAGAACUGCUGCUUACUACAAGGAGUACAGAGACGCUGAGCGUGCCUUGAUUGACGCCAAGCGUGAGGCCAAGGCUAACAACUCUUUCUACGUUGAGGCCGAGCCAAAGUUGGUGUUCGUCAUCAGAAUCAAGGGUAUCUCUAAGAUCCCACCUAAGCCAAGAAAGAUCUUGCAGUUGCUCCGUUUGACUCAGAUCAACUCUGGUGUUUUCGUCAAGGUGACCAAGGCCACUUCUCAGUUGCUCAGAUUGGCCGAGCCUUACAUCACCUACGGUUACCCUAACUUGGCUACCGUCAGAAAGUUGAUCUACAAGAGAGGUUACGGUAAGAUCAACACCCAGAGAAUCGCUUUGUCUGACAACCAGAUCAUCGAGGGUGCUUUGGGUAAGUACGGUAUCCAGUCCAUCGAGGACUUGAUCCACGAGAUCUACACUGUUGGUCCUAACUUCAAGCAGGUCAACAACUUCUUGUGGCCAUUCCACUUGUCCAACCCUAACGGUGGUUUCAGAGCUAGAAAGUUCUUCCACUUCAUCCAGGGUGGUGACACUGGUAACAGAGAGCACUUCAUCAACAACUUGGUCAAGCAGAUGAACUAA